AUGAGGUUGCCGUCGACCAUCUCCGUCCUAUGGGCUUUGCAUCAAGGCUGGCUUGUAUCAGCCGAUGCAUCCGCCAACUACACUGACUAUUUGCUCAGCUCUGGAACUGUCAAACUCGGCGAGUGGCAGGAUGCCUACGACAAGGCAGCUGCCUUUGUGCAGUCGCUCAACACGUCGGAGAAGGUCUCCUUCAUCGGUGCCGGCGAUGCCGGCAAUAUGAGCGCUUUGAAAAUGCUGGAUUCUUCGACCAAUCCCUUAACCUACUUUUUCGUCACAACCUGGCCUGCUGGUCUCGCCAUGAGCAUGACCUGGGAUAAGGAGGCUAUCCGCGGUCAGGGGUCGGCUCUUGGUACUGAGUACCGUGGCAAAGGUAUCAAUCUGGCUUAUGCGCCAACACUGCAGCCGCUGGGACGCUCGGCAUGGGGAGGUAGAACGGGAGAGACCUACGGACCCGAUUCCUAUCUUGCUGGAGCCAUGGCAGGACAGUUUGUCAAGGGAAUGGCCGAUUCUGGUGUCGUAACAAGCGCCAAGCACUUUAUCCUCAACGAGUUUGAGACGAACCGAAUGGGCACGACGAGCAGCAGUGGCGGCAUGGGAGGUGGCAUGGGCGGAGGUUCGAACAGCAGUGCUCCUCCUUCGAAGCGUGCCGAAGAUUCCUCCUCAUCGGAUGAGUCCUACAGUGUCCAGAUUGAUGACAAGGCAUUCCACGAGACAUAUCUUGCACCAUUCUACGAUGUCGUCAAGAGCGGUGUCGGCGGUGUCAUGUGCGCCAUGAACCGUAUCAAUGGUACCUACUCGUGUGAGAGCCAGCAAGCCCUCGGUACUUACUUGAAGGUUGAGGCUGGUUUCCCCGGUCUUGUCCACGCCGACGUGGGUGGUCAAAAGACGGCGCUUGGUUCGGCCAAUGGAGGAAUGGACCUUGGUUCUUCGAGCACCUGGAGCGAAUCGACCAUUACCGCUGCUCUAAGCAACGGCAGCUUGACGGAGGCCCGACUCGACGACAUGGUCAUCCGCAAUGUCAUGGGUUACUACCACCUCGGCCAAGAUGAAGGAUAUCCCAGCUAUGCUGAGCCCACUGCUCAUGUCGACAACCGCGGAAACCACAGCGCAUACGCCCGCUCUUACGCGGCCGACUCUUUGGUACUCCUCAAGAACACCAACAAUGCCUUGCCUCUCAAGGACAAGAAGUCUAUCAGCAUCUUUGGUUACCAUGCCGCUCCCAGAUACGUUGGCGCUAACACGGCGCUGUCCGUUUAUGAUGGCGAGCCACCAACAAUGCAGGGCCACAUGUCUGUUGUAGGUGGAAGUGCCAUGGGCUCUCUCGCAUACCUCUCCACGCCUUUCCAGCUGUUCAAUCAGAGGGCUGCCAGCGACGGCUUCAUGCUUCGAUGGUGGUUGACCGAUGAGAGCACCAACAGCUCCAGCGGCAUGAGCGGUUCUGGUACUGAACUGACCGAGUCCACCACUGGCGUUGCUGAUCUCUCUGAUGCCUGUGUCGUCUUUUUGAACGCAUGGGCUGGUGAAGGUGCCGAUCGCAGCGAACUCCGCAACGCCACCCAGGACACCCUGGUCACCACUGUUGCCGAUGUGUGCAACAACACCAUUGUCGUGAUCAACACGAUUGGUCCCCGCCUCGUCGACGCCUGGAUCGAGCACGAAAACGUGACCGGUGUCAUCUACGGCGGACCCCUGGGCCAGGAGUCGGGCAACGCCAUUGACGACGUGCUCUUUGGCGCUGUCAACCCCUCGGGCAAGCUCGUCCACACCAUUGCCAAAAACGAGUCCGACUACGACCAGGGCACGCUCGUCCAGGAGACCAACCUGCUGCUCAACUACACCGAGGGCAACUACAUUGACUACAAGUACUUUGACCAGCAAAACAUCACCCCGCGCUACGAGUUUGGCUACGGUCUGUCGUACACGACCUUUGAAUACGAUUCGGCCAUUACCGUCGCAAGCACCAGCAACCUGACCAGCGGCUACGCGACCGGCGAUCUCGCCAUUGGCGGCCGCGAGGACCUCUGGGACGUGGUCGCCACGGUGGAGGCGACCAUCUCCAACACGGGCUCGCUGGCGGGUGCCGAGGUCGCCCAGCUCUACGUUGCCUUCCCCGAGGCCGCCGACGAGCCCGUCCGCCAGCUCCGCGGCUUUGAAAAGGUGACGAUCCAGCCCGGCGACCAGGCGACCGUGGUCUUUUCCCUCCGGAGGCGAGAUCUCAGCGUGUGGGACACGGUGGCGCAGAACUGGAAGGUGGAGAGCGGAGACUACACCAUCUCUGUCGGUGCCAGCAGUCGGGAUCUCAAGGCCGAGGCAACUUUGUCAGUUUAA